AUGCAUGAAGUUAACCAGGCACGUGCCCUCAGAGUGGCUGAGAUCAUCAACGACUACCGAACCCUCCUGGUGCACAUCUCCCAACAAGAUAUCCCAGUGCGCGCGGAGGAUUGCGGCCAGCCAGGCUAUGUGGUGAUCCGCGAGAGUUUGGCUGCCGCGCAAGCCCUAAUGUCGUCUAACUAUACCCCUGUCGUUCCAACCGGGGGGAAUGACGCGGAAACAGAAAAGGCAGAGCUUCAA